CAAUUGGCGAUAAAUUUCCAUUGUGUCUGCAAACCAAGAAUUUUUAUUCUAACUUGGCUCUCGUUGUUUGCAGCCAGUGUGGUAGUUAGUGGUAGAUGAUGUGGUUUCCACCCGAAGAGGGCGCAGAACUUUUCGACUUUGAGCUCGAACCGGGAGGAGGUAACAAAUGGGGAUAUGGCGACCAGAACGAAGAGCUAAGACGAGUAAUUUUAUAUUUAGUUCGCGAGAAGAAUUCUAUGCUGGGGAAACUACGUGGACUAUGUGCCUUGCGAGGUAUUCUUCAAAGCCUUUGCACAAAGCCUAAACACGACCAGACAAAUUUCUUUGAACGCUCUGGUGAAACAUGUGCCGAGGAUACUCUUGUAUUAAACGCGGGCGCCGACUCUCAGCUUCCGACUCGGAAAGCCCAGAGUAGUGAAAAAUUGCAGUGCGACGAGGAAUCGGUGACUCUCGAUGACGACAGGAAGAAAGAGGUUUAUGGAAAUACAGACAAUACGAUGAAUACAGAUUUGACCACCAACUUACUACAAGCUGAUAAAGAACCUCAGAGGCAAAUCGGGUUGCUGGAAGAAGUAACUCGUGAUAAAGAACCAAACAAGAACUGCUGUGAAAGGUGCUCAAGACUUUUCAGAUCUCAGCUUGUGCUAUAUAUCUCCAAGACAAAAAAGCUAGAGAGGGCUCUGAGAGCAAAAGAUGUCCUUUGUUCUGCACUAGCCGAGAAACUAGAUGUUAUGAAGGAGGAAAAAUCAUCAAGGUCAAUUGUGGGUACAGACAUGAACAACAGCAAAACGAAUGGGGGAGAUUGCUCUCAGCGAAAAGAUGAAUGCAAUGGUUGCAGCUGCUCUCAUGAGCAAUCUGCAGAACCCACUCGAAAUCAAACAAGAAAUUUUCAAAGUGAAGGAACCAGGGAUAAACCGGAUCACUCUAUAGCGAAUGGCUGUGUGGUUUGUUCAAGCGAAGGGCAAGCUGUUUUGAAGACUAAAUUUGAGAGUAUGGAAAAAGAAAUGAGUCAAGUUACAGAGAAAAUGAAUCAAGUUCGCUCAGAAAAACUACAGCUGGAAAAACGCUUGAAGGAAUUGCAAGAAAGUCGUGACAAAGAAGAAAAUGCGCUGCGUGGUGAAAUAAACCAACUACAACAAGAGAAAAGGCAGUUACAGGAAACAGUUGUACAAUAUCAGUCAAACGAACAGAAGCAAAAACACGAAUAUGAGCAAUUACUGUACCGUGCUCAGGAAAUGCAGGAAAUGCUUGAAAGAGAAACACAAGAAAAGUUCGCUUCUAUUGCUGAGCAGAAAUCUUUGAGACAGCAGGUUGAGAACUUGUCUAAGAACAUGAAAUCAUUGCAAGUUAAAAGUGAAGAAUUUGUCCGAUUUCACUGUGAUCAGGAGGAUCAGAUUGACGACUUCAAGAGAUUGAAGAAACAUAUACACGACAACGGUUUGCCCAGCAUCGAGCAGUUGAUCGCCCUUCAGAGACAGAACGAAACAUACCGCGAAGAAUUUUUGAACGAACGGAAGGAGAAAGAGCGUGCGUUGUCUCUAAAAGACAAAUUGAAGAGAGACCUGGAAAACUACCAAUCUCGUAUUUCUUCCCUUCAGGAGCAGGUCUACAAAUACCGGGAGCAUAUCUACUUCUUACAGCAGAAGUUCAAGCAAGAGGGAACAGGCAGCCAGCCCGUUUCUCCUAUGUUCGACAUACCGGGGCCUUCUCAGGGAAAUAAUUUAAGCAGACUGUAUGGUAGCACUGCUACACAGUACAUCAAUGAGAUGUUGCUGCAAGGCGGCAACACCCCACCGAAGUUCCCUGCGUCACCGAUUCCGGAUGGGAAGAAGCCUUUAGUGGGAAAGCAUAGCGAUGGAUCGGGCAAACCGUGGCUGUUCCAGCAGGGUAAUUAUGGUCGAUAUGGCCGUCAGAUGUCGGCUGAGGAGUGGAAGCCCCGGGUUCAAAAUCAAGGUCAAACUUGGGACACAUUCCAGUAUGGCUCGAACCAGUCCCCCGGUAGGCUUUCUUCUGCUGGCAGUUUGUCCUCCGUACGUUCCGGUUCAUCUUCGUCAGAGGAAGUCCCAGUCGAAGGUCAGAUGGACGGUAGGACAGCGUUCGGUAUGGGAGGAGUGGGUGGCCGAAGACAAGGCCCUCGACCCAUGGGAUUACCUGAUAGAGCAUUGGAUGAGUCACGCGGAAUGCAACAGAAUUAUGGAGCUCCCUCUUCACCUUUUGAGGCGUGGUCACCAAAGCACCAAGGUUUUGCGGGGAGAGGUCAGCGGCGCUACUCAUCUCCCACAGGUAGUGGCGUGCGUUCACCAACCACCGAUUACUGGUCGUCCCCGCAACAUAUGGGAGGCUUCCAGCGAUCUUGGCAGUCGCCAGCUGAGCAGGUGCAGUACUCAGAUUCGACGCAGGCCCCUAUGUCUUCUGGGCUGAGGCCAACUGCAGAACCCUGGCCACCAUCGGUCACUUCGGUACCCAAUAGCAGUCAUGUGCAGUCGACGUUGACAACGAGCAACCAAGGCGAUACAAUGACCUUUAUGUCUGGUGGGAUGGGUAUGCGGUAAGAGUCAAGUAAUGAAUGACACGCUGUUAAGUCUUCCUUUACCGUUGAAUCAGUUAAAUAGCUCUACAGCCUAAAAUUGGCUGACUUUCUUAACUAUACGCCAAGUAAAGCGGCGUCGCGAGAAUGAGGCAGAUUUCUACGGAAAAUCUAGUCUUAGUUAAAGGAAAUUCUGUUUAGUUUCACACCCAUGGGUGGGGUGAGUAGCUUGUAGAAUUAUUAUGGUACGGUGUUCGGUAAUGAAGUAUGUGAGGUAGCACUUUAGCCAUUAAAUUUCGCUCUAGUUUUAAAGGUUAGGAGUCAAGUUUAAGUCCAAUUAGUCGUGUAAGUCCAAUUAAACGGAAGGGACUGAACACAGAGGCUACAGCGACGAGGUCGUCCUUGAACACAUAUUCGUUAAACGAGCGAAAACGUUUCGGCAAAUUUUGUCGGCACUCGUGGCAAAACAACUUGAACAGCAUGAAAUGACGUAUUUUAUAGCGUUUGGAUGAAAAUGACGGGAAUGGUUAUUUUUCCCUUUUUUCUUUUCUUAUUAUAUCAUGUUUCGAGAGCUCUAAUUUUUUUGUCAUCAAAUCAUGUGCUUGCUAAUCACAGAUUAUCGUAAGCCCACUGGAUACUAAUCUAUUCCAGGAUUACCGGGAAGAGCGAGAAGGCGGAUACGUGAGCAACGAACGUCAUGUGUGGUUAUUAGAGAAACGGUUUCGUUUUCAUUUGUCUAACCCUCACCAAUCCAGGCACGCCCCCUGUCUUGCUUCUUUCCACUUACUGAGAAGUUAGGAAGAACAUAUGCGAUACUCAAUCAAUACUGGGAGAAAUGUUUGCUUUACACUAAGCCAAUUGAAUAGUAGAUUAUAAUAGCUUUGAAGUUCUCCUUCAACUUGGAAGAUGGUUAUUAAAACGAGUUCAGUAGCAAUAUGAAUAACCUUUUGUAAAGGUUAUGAAGUAAGAACGAUUCUAGUUAAAAAGUGUUUUUUGUUUUUUGGUUGCAUGAUUUAGUAUGCUCAAAAAUUGAAUCUGAUUGGUUGCCUAUUACGCUUAUUUAGACAAAUUAACCAGAAAUAAUUCCAGCGAGGCUUGUAAAUAGAAAAAAAUUAGCCUUUCUAUUGCACUUUUUGACGUAAUUAGUUUGCGCUUGACUGAAUUCUUAAUCAAUUGCUGAUAAUUUAAUUGCGAAUUAUAUUUACGUAUAAUAUUUAGUGAAAAGAAUGCAUUAUUCCAAUAUCGUUAUUCGUAAAGAGAUUUAUUUUUCCUUUGCCUGAACAUAGUGGAUAUACUUAUUUAUCACAAGGAUGAAAAAACCCAAACUAUUUGUUGAAAUUUCUUUGAAAGUAUACGAAGAGAGUUAAAAAUUAGAUAAACUAAAAUCAGUCUAUUUAACAGGAUGAAAUUAGUCUAAUGUAGAUAGGGGAAAAAGGUCUUUUGUGGAAUUCAUUAAAAAACACAUACUAUUUUAUAUAAAAAUUUGAGGGAUUCGAGAAACUUCUCUCGGCAUGCAUACUUUGUGCUCCCCAAUAUUUGGGGGAACGAGAAAUGGAAAUAAGGCGGACGGAUUAAUGGGAUCCUUUUUUUAUUACAUCAAUUUGUUCGCCAGGUGAAAUACAAAUGACCAUACAUUACAAAAUAUGAUGAGAAUGAGAAGGGUUUAUGAUUAAAAUAGUUCCAAAAUAACUAGUCACAAAUGUAAACAAAAAAAAAAAAGAAAGAAAGAAAAAAAAAAAGAGGAAAAGAAAAUGGUAGAGACCCUUAAGAAUAUUAAGAGGGUUAGUGACGUAAAUUGGUAGUAGUUUUCAGAAGGAAAACAGAUUAAGUACUAUUCAUAUCUACUAAAGCGUUAUACUUGGUGAGUUAGAUCUGUUUUAAAAGUAACUUGUUAAUAUCUGAGAUUCUUCGUUUGUUAGGGAAGCAGUUUAGAAAACAACAACAACAACAACAACAAAAAACAGUAUUUAGAACAGAUUAAAUUAAGUCCGCAGAUAAACAAUGAAUGGAAGCACAAUAUCUGCAACUCCAGAAACGACCAUUAAUUAUCGAGUUAUGCGCAAGUUGAAAUCGAUGAUGUGCCUGUCUUGUGGAUCGUCCUGUUUGAGCCCUCCCAGAAAUACAGCGUGCUUCGGACAGACAAUUUAAACGGUAAUUUCCUUUGAAAAUUAAACAAGCACGUAGGGAUAAGGUGUUGCCUAAGAUUCUGGCUUAAAGAUGCUCAUUUUCGAAAUCAACUCCAUUGUAAUGAAACCGAUCAGACAACAUUACAGCUUGUCCCAGGCGUUCACUAAACUUUUUUUUUGUUUUUUUUUUUGUUUUUGUUUUUUCCUUUUUCACUCUUCCACCAUUAUCGCUCUGUUUACAGUAGCGCGCUUUGUUUUACCAACUGAACGCGUGGAAUUGGGUAAGAACAUUAUUAAGGACUAUUUUUCAGUAUUUAAUAAGAUUGAUCUCAAUGAAGCCAGUGAAAGGGCGCUUGCUCAAGAGCCAAUCAAUUUAUCUAGCUUGUAUAUAGCCUUUCAUUUCUAUUGGUUCCUAAAUUUGUGAUUGACACAUAGAGGAAGAAACGAAUUAACGAGACAUCGUCUUUAGUAAAAGAGCGCAAAAUUAUUUAGAAGCUAUUGGAUAGCUGUUAUAUAUAAGAGUAUUUAAUUUUGGUAGAGCCCCGCAUGAGUGAGAAAUGCAUAAAAUUAAAUUGCACUGAGUUACAAUGCUAAUAUUUAGAUGAGAUCUUGGGUUGUCAUUUGAUGAAUGAAAAAAAAAAAAAUAAUGAUAAUACAAAGUAUAUCAUGUAAACAAAAACUAGUGCAAUGAUUAUGAUCUGAAUUAUUUAACAUUUGAAGCCACUUAAUAAAGGAGAGAAAAAUAUAAGUUCAAGGUCAGUAACUAAUCAACUGCACACCCCCACCCCCAACCCAACCACAGCCAGCUGAUGACAAGUUAGGGUCAGUUUAGGGGAGGGGUGGGUGCGCAGUUACUUAGAUACUGACUUCGAUCCAUCGACAUUAGUUGCUUAACAUUAAUCGCAAGAGUAGUACGUCGUGUAGGCUGCUGCAUCUUUCCCAUGGAAAACGAGCCGUAUCAUCGACAAACAGGCGAAAUGUGUAUAGUUUUUGUUAACAAGCUAGGUUAUAUUUUAUAAGAAAAAUUCAGUGCUUUGCCACUGUCCAUAUGAUGUUUGUAUAUUUGAUUCGCUAAAGAAAAACGGUUAAAGUGAUUUAAUCAAGAGAACUAUUCUAAAUGUUAGACUUAUUUUAUUAAAUUAAGUGAAUAUUUUUGGUAAUUAUACUUUUGCAGUCUGCAUAAUCUACUAAUGACAGUGUUUGACCGAGGCUUCGUUGUAAGAAAAAUAAAACAUAUUCAGACUUUUGA